AUGAGUUACACGGUAGAGCACCAUCUCUUUGGCCCGACCUCGUACCGCAAGGCUCGGCCUGCGUCCGUGUCCUCCAGCGGCUUUCACUCCCAGCGCCGCCGCCUCACCUACAGCCAGCCAUCCUCCGUGGACAGCUUGGAGACCUUCAACGGCGACAUGACACGGAGGAACGAGAAGGAGAUUCUGCAGACCCUGAACGACCGGUUCGCCGGCUACAUCGACAAAGUGCGCAACCUUGAGAUGCACAACCGCAACUUGGAGGCGGAAGCGGCAGCUCUGCGGCAGAGCCAGGCCGGGCGCACCUCGGUUGGGGAGCACUACGAACGAGAGCUGGGCGACCUGAAGGGUCUCCUGCAGCAGCUGACCGGGGAGAAGGCCCGCGCAGCUCUGGAGCACGAUCACCUGGAGGAGGACAUCCAGCACCUGCGGGUCAGACUGGAGGAUGAGGCGCGGAACCGGGAUGAGUUGGAGGCUGCCGCGCGCGCCAUGAAAAAGUAUGCUGAGGAGUGCCGGCUGGCGCGUAUGGAGCUGGACAAGAAGCUCCGUUCCCUGGAGGAAGAGGCCGUUUUCCUGAAGAAGAACCACGAGGAAGAAGUGGCUGAACUCCUCGAUCAGAUUCAUGGCGCGCAGGUAAGCUUCGACAUGCGGGACACGCUCAAGGCGGACGUCACCGGCGCCCUGAGAGAGAUCCGCGCGCAGCUGGACGGUCACGCAUCCAAGAGCUCAACGCACGCGGAGGAAUGGUUCAAAGUGCGUAUGGAGCGUCUGUCUGAAGCUGCUAGGUCCAACCAGGAUGCAAUUCGUGGAAGCCAGGACGAGAUCGCAGACUACCGCCGUCAGCUCCAGAGCCGCACCAUCGAGCUGGAGACUCUUCGGGGAACCAAGGACUCACUUGAGAGGCAGCGUAUGGAGAGUGAAGACAGACAUCACGAUGAACUCAACUCACUACAGGAGGCCAUCAAUCAGCUGGACAAUGAGCUGAAAUCCACCAAAUGGGAGAUGGCCAGCCAGCUGAAAGAAUAUCAGGAGCUGCUGAAUGUGAAGAUGGCUUUAGAUAUUGAGAUUGCUGCUUAUAGGAAGUUACUGGAGGGAGAGGAGAAUCGCUUUGUGUCAGGAGGAGGUUCGUACUCUUACCUGGAGAGCAGAAUCUCUUCCCACUUCAAAGUGAAAGGAGAGGAGAUCUCAGAUACCGUCAUCGUGGAGGAACAGACCGAUGAGACCCAGGUGACUGAGGUGACAGAGGAGGCAGAUGAGGAGGAAGAGGAAGGAGAGAAAGAAGGCAAUGAGGAAACCAAAGAAGGGGAGGAAGAAGGUGAGGAAGGAGAAGAUAAGGAGGAGGAAGGAGAGGGAGAAGAAGAAAAGGAGGAGGAAGCAAAGGGAGAGGAGGACAAGGAUGAGGAGGAGAAGGAUGAGGAGAAGGGAGAGGAAGAGGAGGCAGGUGAGGAAGAAGAGAAGUCCAAAUCUCCAGAAAAGGCUGCAUCCCCUGAGCCUAAAUCUCCUGCGGUCAAAUCCCCAGAAUCUAAAUCCCCACAAAAAUCCCCAGAAUCUAAAUCACCACCAGCCAAAUCCCCGAUGCCCAAAUCACCCGCUAAGUCGCCUGCAGGAGAUGAUUCAAAGUCACUUGUUUCACCCAAAUCUCCUGAAUCUAAAUCUCCUCGUCCCAAGACCCCUGAACCACAGUCUCCAGAAAAAGAGAAGGCCAAGCCUGCCACCGCCAAAGACACCCCAAAAGAGGAGAUAAAAGAGGAGAAGCCUGUCAAGGAGGAAAAGAAGGAGAAAGAACAACCCGUGAAGGAAGAGAAGAAGCAAGAGCCCAAGGAGACAGAGCCAGAGAAGGCAGACAAACCUGAUUUGAAGAAAGAAAGCAAGGCAGAUGAAGCUACAAAGACGGAUGGCGCUUCGAAACCUGCUGCUCCCAGCAAACCCGCAGAGGAUAAACCUGCCCCCAAGUCUGAGCCUAAAGAGAGCGCUCCCCCUGCCAAGGAGGAGAAACCCUCGGCUCCUAAAUCAGAGAAGGCCGAGCCCGAGGCAAAGCCUGCUCCUAAAGCAGAGCCUGAGAAAACAGAGGGCAAGAAGCCAGAGGAGAAGAAGCCAGAGGAGAAGAAGCCAGAGGAGAAGAAGCCAGAGGAGAAGUCCGCACCUAAAGCCGAACCCCAGAAAACAGAGAGCAAGAAAGACGAGAAGAAGCCAGAGGCGGAAAAGGACACUAGUAAAGAAGAGAGUAAAGAGGUGAAGGAUGGAGGGAAGGCGGAGAAAUCUUCAGGCACCGAGUCAAAGGAGAGCAAGGAGGAGAAGGCCAAGAAGUAAGACGGAUAACCUGUGAUUCAAGGCACGACGAGAGGAGGUGGAGAUGCCAAAGAACUAUGAAGGAAGGCAGGGUAAAGAGCAGGAGAAAGGGGCUGGAUGCACCCAGCUGUUCAGAUGGGCGCUUUAAUGUCCAAAGCAAAGCAGGUGAUGGUAUGUAAGCAAUAGUGAUUUCUGUAGCAAAUAACCCCCUGCUCCCCAAGUAUGGCCAUUACAUACCCCUGAUGCUUCUGAUGUAUGACUGUAGUGAAUGCAGAAUGCUCUAAACUCCUUAUCUGAAUGUGAUAACUGCCCUUAAUAAAUAACAAGUGCAUUUAAACUGAAUCCCGCUGACGGGGACCGCAGGGGCCUGCUGUACCUACACAAGCCUUCAAGGGUAGAUAUUUCAAAAUAAUGUCAAGCUA